GCCGCCGGGGCGAGGGAGCUGUCAGCCAGCCAGCCAGCCAGCCAGCCAGGCGGCCCUCGGUGCGGCGCUCCAUGAGCCGGGUCGGGGCUGCAGCGCGGCGGGGGGGUCUGUGGGGCGCCCCAACCGGGACUGCGCUCGCUGCGCCACCCACGACCAGCCUGCCGGACGGGCAGCCGCCACCGACGGAACCAUGACCCCCCUUCCGAUUGCUGGGCUUCUCCUCCUGUUCGUGGUUGGCUACGGAUCGUCCGAGAACUCCAGUACCUCAAGAGGGUGUGGAUUGGAUCUUCUUCCACAGUAUAUUUACCUCUGUGAUCUGGAUGCUAUCUGGGGGAUAGUAGUGGAGGCCGUAGCUGGGGCUGGAGUUCUGACUACCUUUUUGCUUAUGUUGAUCUUGCUGGUGAGGUUCCCCUUCAUCAAGGAGAAAGAGAAAAAGAGUCCUCUGGGGGUGCACUUCCUCUUCCUUCUGGGGACCUUGGGACUCUUUGGCUUGGCGUUUGCAUUCAUCAUACAGGAAGACGAGACAAUAUGCGCAGUCCGCCGGUUUCUGUGGGGGGUUCUCUUCGCUACUCUGUGCUUCUCGUGCUUGCUCACUCAGGCCUGGAGGCUACGGAAACUAGUGCGGCACGGCAAAAGCCCGUCUGGAUGGCAGCUGGCCGGUGUGGCCGUCUGUCUCGCCCUGGUCCAAGUUAUUAUUGCUACGGAGUGGCUGAUACUGACCAUCGUGAGAGAUGGAAAGUUGGCGUGCAGUUACGAGCCGAUGGAUUUUGCGAUGUCUUCCAUCUACGUCAUGUUCUUGUUGGUGGUAACCAUGGGUUUCUCUUUCUUCACGGUGUGCGGAAAGUUUAAGAAGUGGAAGAAGAAUGGAGUGUGCCUCAUUAUAGCCAGCUUUUUCUCAGUUCUCAUUUGGGUCGCUUGGCUGACUAUGUAUCUGUUUGGUAAUAAGGAACUCGGGAGAAGAGACCAAUGGCGUGACCCAACCCUUGCAAUAGCCCUGGUGUCCAGUGGCUGGAUAUUUGUGAUCUUUCACGCUAUCCCAGAGAUCCACUGCUCCAUUCUUCCAUCGCCACAGGAAAACACACCUAAUUAUUUUGACACUUCACAACCGCGCAUGCGCGAGACAGCGUUUGAGGACGACCUUCAGCUUCCUCGGAGCUACAUGGAAAAUAAAGCCUUUUCAAUGGACGAACACAACGCAGCUUUACGAACUGCAGGAUUUCGCAACGGCAGCUUGGGGAGCCGUCCGAGCGCCCCCUUCAGAAGCAACGUCUACCAGCCCACUGAGAUGGCGGUGGUCUUAAAUGGUGGGACUAUUCCAACCGCUCCGCCAAGUUACACUGGAAGACACCUCUGGUGAAAAAGCUUUCUAGGCUUUAGAGGAUGAGAGAGAGAGAGAGUGAUUGACAGAUUUUAUACCCUGGCAGUGUGUCUUGAUGAGGGAGGAGCCAAUGCUAGCAAAGGACAAAAGCAACGCAAAACACCACCCCGACAAAACCCCUUCCAGCAGCUCGGGACGUCCUAGAUCCGAUAGCUUGUUUUCCUUUCUAAAAAAAACAAACAAACGUGAACACUGUCGAACUGAUAAGCUAACCACAAAAGCAAAACCUCUGCAGUGAAAUAUAAGCUGAAACUAAAUUUAAACAUAGGUGUAGGCACACUUAAAAGCAAGAGAAGGAGACACGGUGUUCUGAAAUGGCAAGGGAGCUGUUGGCCGAAGCCAGCGAGCAAGGCAAACUGGUGGCUUUGGACAGGAAAAUAAAACGAAAUACAUUAAGUCCGUGUCCUUACUGAAACUUAAUCCACAUUGCCACGAGAGACUGCCCUUGUAGGGCGUCUUUUGACUUCUGUCAGUCUUCUGCGAUCGUGUCGAAAGGUCCAGAAUCGUCCCUCUAGAACGCAGUUUUAACUGUCCUUUAGGAUCCGCAGUGAAUCUUUGGGGGCAAACUCGCCCCAGAGGAAAGGGGUGGGUGGGUUAUUUUUAUAUGCCACAAAACUUAGUAGGUUUCUCAAACAAGCUAUACCAGGGCAGGCGUGGGUGCCUGCUUGGCUGAUGCACUGAACUGUUCAACAAAUAUCAAGUGACCCAAUCAGGUCUUUAGCUGUGGUUGCCAAAUGGUUUGAUCCCCCCCCCCCCCCCCAGAAGUGGCUACAGGAAAUCGCUUGUGUGUGUACACAGGGUGGGGCAGGAUUGACUCCUCCUCUUGCCCGCACGGUGCUGGCCAAGCUGGGGUAAGGGGGCAGAGCUUGACAACACAGUUCACACCCACAACGAUGCAGGGGCAGUCUUCAGGCCCGCUCCUUGGAGGCUAAGGACCUCUGUUGUACGUUUCGUAGGCUCUCUCUCUCACAUGAAAACGCAGACACACAGUGGCAACAGGAGGAUGGGAGACAAAAGCCAGGGAAGGUGAGAGGCUUAUCUGGAGGGCGCUCAAAACCGGCAAGGUCAGAUUCCCCCCUCCCCACCACCACCACCACCACAUCUCCCUUCCCACCCCCACCUAAACACUGAAGCUUCAUGGACUGCAAAUGGUUUGUUCAUUUUACUGCAUUUUAUUGUGUGUUCAAUUUACGGAGGCUUUUUUAUUUCGUUUAGGAUUAUUUCUCUUUUGGUUAUUGGAGAAAGAGGUUUCUCUCUCUCCCCCCCCCCCCUUUCUUUCCAGAGGGUCCCCUGUUCUCACUGCCUCCCCCUCCCCCCCGCAUAUUUCCAUGGUUUUAGUGGUGUUUGGCAAAAGCAUUGCUUUGUUAUUUGGCACUGAAAUGCAUACAUGGGCAUGUGAAUCAGUCAUUACGUCCCCUGCGCUGGCCGCCAUCACAUUCUGCGUUCCUACAGACUAAAAGCAAUUGAGGUUGGUUGGUUUCUUGUUGAGGGGGGCAUAAAACAGGUAAACAAGGUGGACCUUUUAUUAGCCCUUACUCUGGUAUAAACACAUUUCUGCUUUUGAAUAAAAGAUAUACACAAACAGCAACAAAACAGCUCGGUCGCUUCAAUAAAGUAAAGCUACCAGCUGUAUCUUGCUGGAGCAAAAGAAACUAUGGGGGGGGGGGUGUUUCCGGGAGGAGGACACCUCUUCACAGACCUCACUUCGAUCAAUGGGGACACCUGACCCUGUGCUGCUUCAAAUGCAGACAGGUUUGUGUUCGAAACGCACCUUUUCCCUGUCUGGAAGUCAGCCAGGCUAGAAACAGUCUAUGGGAUUUGAGGAGAAGGUUCUAAUCUACUUCCUGCUGGCUUUUUGUGUGGGAAGAAUCAUUUGUUUGGGAAAGGUACAGGCUAAGGCAGAGAUUUACCAUCUCAACAAGACCAUGUAAGUUGCCACACAGACACUAGAUAGAAUUGUCUACCUGGCCAAGAAAUAGUUUCAGGAAGCAGCUGCGUCAAUUUGCCCCAUCAAAAUUAAAAAGAGGUCUCGUGUCACCUUUAAGGAGUUUUUAUUCUAGCAUAAACUUUUGUGGAGGGUCUAGUCUAGACCAGACCACAAAACCUAUGCAAGAAUAAAAGUUUGUUGGUGGUUAAGGCAUCACAAUACUCUUAAUUUUGCCAGAGGAAGGUGAGAGAUUGGGUUGAUCUCUUUGGUGUUCUAAUGAUGUCUCUGUAGCCACUCUUACCACAAUCACCUCAGAAAGGUGUUUUUUUUAUUCUGCACAUUCUGUUAGUAGAUAAUGGCAAUAAUUUUCUGUUGUGCAUCCGUCAGGUGAGCCAAGUUGCUUCCCGAGAGAUAACUCUGACCAAGGCAAACAAGCCGCAUAAACCCUUCCACAAAAAAAGAUCCAUUAGACUCUGAAUCAAUUAGACAUAUGGUCAUCUAUUGCCUGCCGACCUAAACCUUCCUGUUUAAAAGGAGGGCUUGAUUAAAAAUAACAGAGUGUUGUAUAAGUCGAGUAAACCAGGACUCAGAAAAUAACACAUUUGGCACACAAAUCUUGGGUCGGCGCUUUCCUGUAUACAUGUGUUCAUUAAAAAAACACAACCCUGCCGUUUGAAAACGGGUCUUUGAAACGUGCAAGAUGAUCGUGGUAUAAGCGCCAGAACGAUUUAACGUUCACAAAACUCUUGUGGAGGAAAUAAACUGAUCUGUUUUUAAUUGGGGGGUGGGAUUUUUUUUUUAAAAAGAGGUCAUUGGGAAAUGUAUUAAGAGGUGUAAUUUUUCUUUUCUAGACAAGAAGGGAUUUAGCAGUUCUGCUCCCCGUUAAGCCAGUGGCAGUUUGGGAUCUUAAAGACAGGGCUGGAUCCUGCCAACACAGGAGUUCCACUAACCACCCAUGUGAACCUGGCCUGUGCUAUAUAGUGGUAGGGGAGGUGUGCUGAGUUUGAACUAUAAAAAGGGAUUUACACACACGCACACACACAAACACACACACAUAUAUCUUCCCCGGCAACUUCUGAACCAUUAAUUUUUUUUUGUCAGUCUGUGGUUUGUGAUGUCGGAUGCCACCCCAAACGAUGUACGAUUGGAAAUACAAAAGGCACUUUUUGUGUUUAAGUUAUAUUUUUGUUAACGUAACAAAAAAAAAGGUGUGUAUACUUUUGCCUUUUCUGGAAGUUAUUUAGAAUGUAGAGUGUCUGGUGAGCCAAACAAACUCCACAACAGUAAGCACAAAAUUAUGCCGGGAUUCAGUUUCACAAUAACUCACUUUGGUAAGCAUAAAAGCUACUAUGUUCUCCAUCACUGUCAACUUGAUAACGCUGUUAGGAUAGAAAACAACGAAGUGCUACAGCACCUGGGAACUUUUGUUAGGUAAGAGGUUUGUAGACGAGCGAAGCGGGUUCUCACCUUGAGAGCUGGCCCCAAAAGAGCUAGAGCUAGAGCUACAGGUAGCCCAUCAGACCCUGUGCCUAUGCAACGUUUACACAAGGGUGGCCUUGGGGUGACUGUGCCACAGUUUGCAACCCACACCGCACCUCUCUGAUGCCUGCAGCAAAACUCCCAGGGACUUUCAUGGAGAUGGGCGGGAAGAGGUGGAUUCCAGAAAAUGCCAAACUUCUCGAAACGUCGAGAAUUCUUACUUUUCUGUGAUUGGCACAUAUCCUACUCCGCUAGGUUGUUGUGGUGUACCCAUGUAGAAUUCCAUGAAAGCUGGGGGAUCCUAUCAAAGCCUUGUGGAGUUCUGUACUGAUGAUUCCACGGCUGGGUGCUGGUGCCACUGUCCACUCAGUGGUAUGUGUGUAGCGCAAUCACACCGGUUGUAAGGAGGGGGACUUUCCCCUGUACCUGCCUGUAUCUGAAGAGCAAUUUAGAAGUGGAAGUUGGUUUACACACAGGUAUCUCCCUUGGGCAGGAUUGUGGCCAAUACUUUUCAGGGCUAAAUUCAUGGUGUUUGAAUUCGGUAGGGUGUCCCCAGAAGAGUUCCUUCUAGGUAUGAAGCUCUAAGUAAGCGAAACAUGAUAGAAUUCUAGCUGCGACUGCAUUUACAAGGACAGCACUCCUAUCUGGCUAACUUUCCUGCUUUAUGACUCAGUUCUAACCCCAGGCCGUACGAAAGGAAGCAUUGUAGCUUUUAUAAAAACACAACAGAUCAGGCUAAUGUACCAUCUUACCAGAUUACAUGGCAGGUGCUUUUUAUUAACUUAUGAGAGCCAAGUCUCUUUUUUGAUAAUAUAUAUUUAUUAAAUGUAUUAAUGUGCGUUUUAUAAUGUACCCCUCUCCCCUCCCCUGCUGACUGUUGCAUACCAUUAAUCUUGUACAUCUUUGAAGGGUUUUCGAGACAAUCAACGUGUACCAUAAUGACUUGUACAUAAACAUACAAGGUUAAAAAGAAAAGAAAGUUGUAAAGCAUGGGCAAAUACAUUUUAUUUUCAAAAUGCUGUUCUUAACAAACAAACAAAAAUAAAGGCUUUACUAUUUACUUA